AUGGCCCAAAAAACUAAUGUUCACGGUCCAUUCAAGGAUGCGAAUAUCCUUAGGGCCGAGUUUGCUUCCGCCAUGUCGGAAAUGUACCGAACAGAAGUACCGCUUUACGGAGAUUUGAUCAGGAUUGUCCAUGACAUCAACAAUGCUUCAGUCGUGGCCAGUGCAAAUGAUGAGCUCAUAGCCGACACGGCAGCUCUUCGGGCAAGUGCUGAGAGGCUCACACUGGAGAGGCAUGGAGCCAUUCGCCUUGGCACCCCCAACGAGCUUCAAACUGUGAAGCGGAUUUUCUCUGUUCUCGGUAUGCAUCCUUUCGGCUACUAUGAUCUCUCUGUGGCUGGACUUCCAAUGCAUGCAACGUGCUUUCGACCAAGCCAAGUUUCGAGUCUAGAUCUAAACCCAUUCCGCGUCUUCACAACUUUACUUCGACCAGAGCUCCUCAAAUCGGAAGAGGCAAAAGCCCAAGCAUUGGCACUACUUGGCAAGAGGAAGAUCUUCACAGACAGGCUGCUGCAGCUACUCGAUAUAGCUCAGUCUCGUCAGAAUCAACUGACCGAGGAGCAAGCCAAGGAAUUCAUCCCGGAGGCCCUUCUUAGUUUUAGCUGGCGGCCUGUUGCCGCUGCUACUCUCAAACAGUAUGAGAUUUUAAAGAAUGAGCACCCUAUCCUGGCCGAUAUCGCUUGUUUUCAGAGCGCGCACAUCAACCACUUGACGCCUCGGACCUUGAACAUUUCAGCUGUUCAAGAGGCCAUGAAGGCGGCUGGAAUGGAGGCCAAGUCUCGCAUUGAAGGCCCCCCGCGUCGUAAGUGUCCUAUCUUGCUACGCCAGACUAGCUUUCUCGCCCUGGAGGAGUCAAUAAAGUUCAGGAAAGGGUUAUCUGAAAAUGAUGCGGGUCUUAUCGAAGGCAACCACAAGGCUCGGUUUGGUGAAAUUGAGGAGCGAGGAGCGGCAGUCACUGCCAAGGGUCGAGACCUCUAUGACAGGCUCUUGUCUGAAAGUCUGACAAAGAGCGUCAAAGCAAGCCCAGAGGAGGCCGAAGUUAUUUUCUCUGAUGUUUUCAAACAGUUUCCCGAUGAAUGGAAAGAUCUUCGACAACAGGGCUUGAUCUACUGUGAAUUCCGCUGCGUUAAGAAGGAAGCUAUACAUUCAAUGACUCAGGAUGACCGCCUCCCUUUACUAGAGCAAUUGAUCUCUGAGGGAUUUGUCAAAGCGUCACCAAUCACGUAUGAAGAUUUUCUUCCAUUCUCCGCGGCAGGGAUUUUUCAGUCCAACUUGCAGUCUAGCAAGAACACUAGUGGAGGGCCGGAGCUACAUGCGGCAAACGCAGAUCCUUCUGGUUUCUCAAGCUCGCUCGGGUCGGAGCCGACAGAUAUCAACUCAUGGUAUUCUCAGCAACAACAAAGCAGCCUUGAAAAGGUGGCCUGGGAGCUUGGGUUCACGGUGGCACAAUUGGCGUAA